AUGUUCUCUGGGUCGAGCUCGUACCUAGGCGGCGCAAACGCCGGGCGCGCUGGCCAGCCUCAGUAUGGUCAGCAACCGCAACAACCACCUCAAAGUCAAACCCCAUUUGGCGCGCAGCAGCCUGGCUAUGGUCAAGCUCCUCUGCAGCAGCAAUACACCGGAUAUCCGGGAGGAGGCGUCUUGCCUCAAGCGACUGGAUACCCUUCGCAACCACAGCAACAGCAACCUCAGCAAUUCUUGCAACAGCCCCAAUAUGGAGGCUUCCAACAACCUCAGCCGACAGGCUUUCAGCCUCAGCCACAGCAACAAGCGCAACCGACUGGCUACCCACCAAUGCCACAGGCGACACUUCAAGCGCCGGCACCCGCACAAGCACCACAGCCAACCGGCAUGACGAGUGCAGACAUGGCCAAUUCAUUCAGGGCAUCUGCGCCAUCCUCUCAACCGCCGUCCGCAGCCCCAGCUACGGGUAACAAGAUUCCCAACAUCAGGCUGAGCUUCAUCACAGCACAGGAUCAGGCCAAGUUCGAGCAGUUGUUCAAAAGCGCGACGGGUGGUGCUCAAGCUCUGACUGGAGAGAAGGCGAAAGAUUUGUUGAUCAGGAGUAAACUGGAUGGGAAUAGCCUGGCACAAAUUUGGACACUAUCAGACACAACGAAGUCCGGUCAGCUGCUCUUCCCGGAGUUCGCACUGUCCAUGUACUUGUGCAAUCUGAGGCUCACAGGAAAGGAUUUGCCUGCCACUCUGCCUGAGAAGGUUCGCAAUGAAGUUUCCAGCAUGGUCGACAUCAUCUCUUUCGGCAUUCCUGAUGAUGCUCCUCGACCACCGCAGCAGUCAAACGCGCCGAGCUUCACUGAGGUCCCACAGAUUCAACAACCCCAGGCGCAGAACCCUUCCAACCAGCAAUUACUUUCGGCCCUGACAGCACAACCAACAGGAUUCCAGGUCCCGCAAGCGACAGGUUAUCAACAAUCUAUGCAGCCACAGGCGACAGGUUAUCCGGGCGGUAUGCCUCAAGCCACAGGAUACUCAGGGCCACGACCUCCGAUGCCGCCAAUGCCGACUGGCUUCGGCCAGAGCACUGGAUUGAUGCCGCAACAGACUGGCUAUCCAGGCUCCAUGCCUGCACCUCUCAAUGCUCAGCCAACCGGCAUGCCAGGUCAGUGGGGUCUAGUCAAUGCACCAGCGAGUGGCCUACCCAAUUUGCAGGCUCUGCAGCAGCAAAUGAUGCCGCAAGCUGGAAGGGAGACCGGCUUCACCACACAGGGGCUCAGGGGUAACGCCACAGUUCCCUGGGCGGUGACCAAAGACGAGAAAAAGAUUUAUGACGACAUGUUUAAAGCAUGGGACGGAUUCGGGAAGGGAUUCAUCACGGGCAAUCAAGCCAUUGAGAUUUUCAGCCAGUCAGGGUUAGACAAGCCAGAACUGGAGCAAAUUUGGACGCUCAGUGAUCCGCAUAACAAAGGUCGGUUGAACCUCGAUGAGUUCGCGGUCGCUAUGCAUCUCAUCUAUCGGCGAUUGAACGGAUACCCUGUGCCCAAUCAGCUCCCGCCGGAGUUGAUUCCCCCUUCGACGCGCCAUCUCAACGACAGCAUUGGAACUAUGAAGGGCCUUCUCAGCCAAGACGCGCAAGAGCGUAAAUCUAGUGGCGCGUUCUUGCAGCCACAGAAGACUGGAGUAAGCUACUUGAAAUCACGUUCGUUCAAGAGCGGCGCCGGCUCGGAAUUAGGACGCAAAGAUGCUACAGUAUUCAAAAACGAUGACAACGAUGUCGGUUAUCGCUCAUCGGCUAGGCGCAGAGUCGGACAAGAUGGUGCUAGAAGCUCGUCUCCUGCCCACAGCGAAACCAGUAGUCUCAACGCUGACGACAUGAGCAUUGACCAGCUAAAGAAGACCAUCAGAGAGAAGCAGGUUCUCCUGGACGCGAUGGACUUUGAAGAUGAAAAUAGUCAAGACCAGGAGGAUGCACUUGAUCGAAAGGAUAGAAAGGAGAGCGAGGAUUUGUUCCGACGCAUCCGCAGGAUACAAGAAGACAUCGACAGCCAUCCUGCCAGCGCCUUCAAAAACGGUAGCUCUGAUGCCGAGACCCGGACAUUUCAACGGCAGCUGCGCACAUUGCAGGACCGUCUCCCGGAGCUUGCCAGCCACGUCAGGCGUUGUGAGCGUGCGAUUGCAGAUGCUCAACUCGAAUUGUUCAGACUGAAGGACGCUAAAGCACACCCUGGAACGGCCACCCCCAUCAUUGGCACUGGUCCUGGUGGUGCAGUGACCGAAAGCGACAGGUUGAAAGCAAGAGCCAAAGCCAUGAUGCAACAACGUUCCGCAGCACUGACUGGCAAGAAGAUUGAUGUCGCAGAUGACGGUAGCGCUGCUGCACGACGUCUCGAGGACGAGAGCAAGCGCGUUACUCGCGAGCGCGAGGAUAACGAAAAAAUGGUUCGAGAAGUUGAGGAGAGCGUCACGGAAUACAGCAAGAGUCUAGAGUCCAGUCUGAAGGAGGGCGCGCCAUCAGCUGCGGAUGAUCAUGAGAGGCGCCGUUGGGAGGAUGGUCUCGGUGUAGAAGAUGAGGUCAAGGAUUUCAUUUUCGAUCUCCAGCGAAGCUCCCGCGCAGCUCGCAUUCGUACCCAGGAGAAGACACAACCAAAGUCUAGGGCAGCUGGAUUGGCGGACGAUGAAAGCCGUACGAAUUCACCUAUCUCGCGCACGGACAGUCCGGCCUCAAGCAAGUUUGUUACAUCGACUCCACAGACCAGUGGAUCGUCCUAUGCCAGCUACAAAACAGCAGAGGAACGAGCAGCUUUCAUCAAGCAGCAAGCAGAACAGCGCAUGGCCGAGCGUCUCGCAGCCCUUGGAAUCAGAACCCCAGCUAAAGGUGGAGAGACUGCUGCACAGCGUGCCGAGCGCGAAAGCAAGGAACGCGAAGAUCGCCGGAAACAGGCCGAGGCUGAAGAUGCUCGACGCGAGGAGGAAAGACGCGCAAGACUUGAAGGAGAGUCCAUCGCGCCGCCUGCGCCUGCCGCCGCCGCUGCAUCUAAGGCUAAACCUCCGCCUCCUGCCCCGAGAAACAAAGCAAGCGAGGGAACGCAAGGUUCAAGUAGCAAUCCAUGGCAAGCGGACACUAAGCGAGCUGAAGAGCAGGCGUUGAAGGAGCAAGGAGCGGCGAUCGCUGAAGAGACCAAGCAAUUAGAGGACGAGGAAGCUCGCCAGGAGCGCGAGCUGCAAGCCCAACGUGCAGAGGCAGAAGCAUCUCUACGAGCCUUAGAGGAGCAAGUCAAGGCAGGCAAGCUCAAAAAGGCUGAGGAGAAGAAGCGUCGCGAGGCUGCCAAGAAAGAGACUCAAGAGAAGGAGACUCGCCUUACGGCUCAGCGCGCCGAGAUUGAAGCUGCAAAGGAGAAGGAACGACAGCUGCGACUUCAGCUCGAAAGCAUGGGUGACGAUGACGAUUCCAGUGAUGAUAAUGAUGAGGGCCCGGUCGAUGCUUGGAAAAGCCGUGCAGAGCCAUCGUCGGCUCCCGCAGUGCCGCAAGUGUCGCUACCUACAGUAUCCGAGCCACCUGCCGCUCCACCUUUGCCUCCGACAGCUGCACCUGUGCCUGAAGUUGUGACAAGCCCUCCAGAACAGUCGAAGAACCCGUUCUAUCGCAAUCUGAGCCAACCCUCCGCCCAAUCCUCCGCUGCGCCUUCUAUUGUUUCACCUGACAGCAACAGCGAGACCAAACUCGACACCAAUCCGUUCCAUCGCAUCACUUCACAGGAAGUCGCUAAACAGCAGACUGCUCUGCCGGAUCCCGUGCAGGCAGUGAACCGCAGCCGCUCCAAGAAACCCGCCGAUGAAGACGACUGGUCGGUCAUGGAGUCCGACGACGAUGACGACGACGAUGAUGACGAAGAUAAGCCUCAAGGCGGUAGCGCCAAGCAACUUGCUUCUAUUCUUUUCGGCACAAUGGCGCCGCCGCGUCCACUUUCCGCCAUGGACAGCCCAGCUUCUGCGACGGGUUCUCCUGCACCAACCCGUUUCGCUUCGCCACCACCUGCUCCGCCAAUGCCAACUGGAGGCGCGCCUCCACCGCCACCGUUCCCGACGAGCAGUGCUCCACCACCACCGCCAAUGCCCAACCUGGGUGCUCCACCACCCCCACCAAUGCCAAACAUGGGCGCUCCUCCACCACCGCCGAUGCCAGGAACGGGUGCACCUCCGCCGCCACCGAUGCCCGCGGCAAGUGCACCGGCCGCCAGACCUAAUGUGGGCGGACUAUUGGGUGAAAUUCAGGCCGGAAAGGGAUUGAAGAAGGUGCAAACCAAGGAUCGCAGUCAAUCAUCAACGGCGGGCAGAGUGCUGUGA